UUCCACGUCAGCGAGAAUCGCAGCUGUCCCGUGAGCCAGAUGUACCAGGAGACCCGCUUCAGGUACAAGUAUUUCCCCGAGGACCAGGUGCAGCUGCUGGAGAUGCCGUACCGAGGAGACGACAUCACCAUGGUGAUCCUCCUGCCCAGCAAAGAGACCACGCUGAGCCGAGUGGAGGAGGGUCUGGACCUGAAGAAGCUCACCCACUGGAUGGAUGGGAUGGAGGAGAAGACGGUGGCCGUGCACAUCCCUCGCUUCCGGCUGGAGGACAGCUUCAGUCUGAAGGACAAGCUGCAGGCGAUGGGUCUCACUGACCUGUUCAGCUCUGAAAAGGCCAGCCUGCCAGGGAUGUUGGAGGACGGAGGUGAAGGUCUGCACAUCUCAGACGCCUUCCACAAAGCCUUCCUGGAGGUGAACGAGGAGGGCAGCGAGGCGGCAGCGGCUACAGGUGUGGUGGCGGUCGGUCGAUCCAUCAACUUCGACAGAGAGGUGUUCCAUGUGAACAGACCCUUCCUGCUGCUGAUCAGAGAGAAGAGCAUCAACGCUCUGCUGUUCACCGCCAGGGUGGCAGACCCCUGCACCCAGUAACUCAAACCAGGGUCAAAUGAUCAUAUAGUCAUUUAAAGCAUAUAGUCUUAUACUCUGAUUGCCUUUUACUCUGUUAAACUGUAUUUUUAGUCUUGGAUGUGUUUAACAGAGACAUAUGUUAAAGAUCACCUAUUAUGCAAAAUCCACCUUUACAUGUCUUUGCUACAUCAGCAUGUUUUUCAGGAACAAAGAUUCUCUCUCUUUUUGAUCCAUUUCUAUAAAAACCUGUCUGAAAAUGAGCUGAUCAGAUUUUGGCCACUUUAUGUCAUCAUCACGAUGUUUUGUCUUGUGUAACCAUUAGCCAAUCAGCAACCAAGGUAGCCCCCCCCCCCCCCCCCCCCUUAUCACCUGAAUCUCCUCUAGAGCUCCAUUGAGUUCUUUGUAACCAAAUGUCUCUCAGAGGGGCGUGGGGAGGGGCUCCUUAUUUUCAUCUAAAGUAACAGGCAGAGAAUCAGCACUUUGGAAACAGGGCUGAAACAGAGGGGAUUAUGGGUAAUGCUGCAAUGAUCUGUUUGGUGUUUCAGCCAAUCAGAGGCAGGCUCUGGAUAUAUCUGAGACCUGUGAUAUAUUGAUGAAGAAGAGGAUGAUAGGAGACCUUUAAUAGAGACAUAUGUUAAGGAUAUCAGGAGGUGUAAAAGGGGGAUUUGCAAACUGGGGGUUUUAUGGUUUAUGGUGCAUUUGAGAUACAUUUCACUUGUAUAUUUACUUUCUUUAUUACUUUAUUAAAUAUAACAAAAGACAAACUUUGUCCAUGAAUCAUGUAUCAGUUUCUCUCUUCUUCUGUGUUUUAAAUGUUAAAUAAAUUCACAUUCUGCAGUUUAGAUCAGCAGCGAGAAUUCUGAGGUCCCUGUUAUCCAAUAAACUAAUACAUGGAGUAUUAAUCAGUGUAAAUACAUUAAAUGACUGCAACAGAACA